AUGUCCUCCACUCAAUUCACAUCACAACCCCCCUCCGUCCCAAACACCCUAAUCUCCUUCCCAAGCCCACACAUCCUCCUCGUAACGCUCAACCGCCCAGACGCUCUAAACGCGAUUCCAGUCCCACAACAUUUCGCCCUCGAGAAACUAUGGGAAUGGUACGAUGCGGAACCCUCAUUACGCUGCGCCGUACUAACAGGUACCGGACGCGCGUUUUGCGCUGGAGCGGAUUUGAAGGAGUGGGAUGAGACGAAUUCUUCAUCUUCCCCAUCUUCUACCUCGAACUCGGGGUCAGAGUUAAUAACACCCCGAGAACGAAAAACCCGCUUCCCACCGGGCGGUUUCGGCGGGAUGAGUAAUCGAGGCGGGUUGAAACCGAUUAUAGCAGCGGUUAAUGGCGUGUGUUUCGGCGGCGGCAUGGAGAUGGCGGUUAAUGCUGAUCUUGUGAUCGCGAGCGAUGCGGCGGUGUUUGGACUUCCGGAGGUUACUAUUGGGGUUAUUGCGCUGGCGGGGGCGUUGCCUAGGUUGGUUAGGAGUGUUGGGAGGCAGCGCGCUGCGGAGAUGGCGUUGGGUGGGAGGAAGAGGUAUGGUGCGAGGGAGAUGUUGGGGUGGGGGUUGGUUAAUGAGGUUGUGGAUGUUGGGAAGGGGGGUAAUGAGGUUGUGGUAGAGGCGGCGUUGAAGUGGGCGAGGACGAUUGCGGGGAAUAGUCCUGAUGCUGUGAUUGUGACGCGCGAGGGGUUGAAGUUGGGGUGGGAGGGUGUUGGGCCGGAGCAGGGGACGGAUUUACUGCUUAAGGGGUGGUUUGGGCGGAUUGAGAAGGGUGAUAAUGCGGUUGAGGGUGUGAAGAGCUUUGUUGAGAGGCGGAAGCCAGUUUGGAAGGAUAGUAAGUUGUGA